UGGAGCAGGACAGGGACAUCUUCUCACCAAAGCCAUACUGGAAGGAGUUCAGGUUCGACCUGACCCAGGUCCCCACGGGGGAAUCGGUGACAGCCGCUGAGUUUCGCAUCUACAAGGCACGAGGAGUUCCUCAACACAUCAACAGCAGCUUCCACAUCAGCAUCUAUGAGGUGGCUGCUGAGCACUCCAACAGGGAAUCUGACCUGUUCCUGCUGGAUGUCCAGGACCUGCGUGCUGGGACAGAGGGCUGGUUGGUGUUUGAUGUCACAGCUGCCAGCAACCACUGGUUAGUGGAUCAGAAGUACAAUCUGGGGCUGCGGCUCUACGUGGAGACAGAUGAUGGGCACAGCGUUGACCCAGGCUCAGCAGGGCUGCUGGGGCGCCGAGGGCCUCGCUCCAAACAACCCUUCAUGGUGACAUUUUUCCGGGCCAGUCCCAGCCCUGCGCGUGUCACGCGAGCGGCCAAGGCCCCGAGGAGGCGCCAGCCCAAGAAGACCAAUGACCUCCCACAUCCAAACAAGCUCCCAGGAAUUUUUGAUGAUGUCCACGCCGCGGACGGACGACAGAUCUGCCGACGCCACGAGCUCUACGUCAGCUUUCAGGACCUCGGCUGGCUGGACUGGGUGAUUGCUCCUCAGGGGUACUCAGCCUACUACUGCGAGGGGGAGUGUGCCUUCCCCCUGGACUCCUGCAUGAAUGCCACCAACCAUGCCAUCCUGCAGUCCCUGGUCCACCUGAUGAAGCCUGAGGCCGUGCCCAAGGCGUGCUGUGCCCCCACCAAGCUCAGUGCCACCUCUGUCCUCUACUACGACAGCAACAACAACGUCAUCCUCAAGAAGCAUCGGAACAUGGUGGUGAAAUCCUGCGGCUGCCACUGA